UACAAGUGCCGUUAAAUGUGACAGGUCAGUCCACAAGAAUGGCGACCAUAGUGGAAGAACAGAAUUCGGUUGACAUGAACGAGGAUAAAGAAUCACAAUUCGACCAAGUUACUUGCAAUUGGGUGGAUAUUACCCAAGAAUUUUUCGAAGCCAUCACAGAGCUGGAACUGGGAGAACUUUUACACGAUGAUCUGUUCGGAUUGUUUGAAGCAAUGUCUGCAAUUGAAAUGAUGGAUCCAAAAAUGGAUGCUGGUAUGCUAUGUAAUCGGGGCAACAACAAACCAUGUACUUUCACACAAGCUGUCAAUUCUGGUGCACUGAAAUUGGACAAUUUGACACCAUCUGAAGUCAUAGGAAUAAUUGAUUCGACCUAUGCGUGUAUAGUAUCUUGGUUAGAAGGUCACAGUUUGGCACAAACAGUUUUUACUAAUUUGUACCUUCAUCAACCCAGUCAAAUAGUGGAUAAACCUUUGAAGACUUUCUGUUAUGCUGUGUACAAAAUAAUUGAGAUAAUUAAGGAUUGUAUCAAUAAAGCAUUAGUGUUUGAAGAAGAGGACUUUCAAAGUGUUACUUAUGGCUAUAGAUUGCAACAAGAUAUUGCUGAACAAAAGACUAUAUCCAUGUUGCGUGAGGUGGAAGAAGAAUUACAUAGAAAAAGUAGAAUAAAACCAAUUGACAUAGAAUCUGAGAAAGAAUAUAAUGGUGGAUUAGCACUGUAUGCCAGAAUUAGAUUUACCAAAUUCUUUUAUCAAAUAUUAUCGUUAUUGGGGAAGAAAGAGCAACUGCAACAAAAUUUAAGUGACUGUCAUAGACUAUUAUCCACGUGUUCAUAUAUGAUCCAAGUUAUGAUUAAGACGGUAAAUCGCGGAGAGAAGGCUGACGAGAUAUCAAAUUAUCCAAAUAUUAUGGGAUUCGAUCCCAUGGUGAAUCAAAGAUUAUUGCCACCAACAUUCCCUAGAUAUACUAAAAUAAAGCCAAGGACCGAAGCUCUGAAAUAUUUGGAUGAAUUAUUGAAUAGAUUUCGAACGGUCACUAUGAUCACCAACCAGAACGGAUUUCAUGCAGCUUUGGACUUUUUUCUAGAAUUCUCACGACAAAGUCCGUGUAUAUUAUCUAGAUCAAUGCUACAAAUAGUUUAUUUGCCAACAACAAACCGCGUGUUUGGUGUACAAAACUUUGCUGAUGUUUUGAAAGACGCGGCGCGGAAUUUCAUCGCGCCGCCGGUUUUAAUGCCAAAGAGCACGUUACUUCAAAAUCACCAAGCCAAGGAAUACGUUGAUAGUUUCAUGUCACACUGUGUAAGCCUUUUUAGUAGUUUAUUACAGCUUACCGGUCACAAUAGAGCAAGACAAAGAGACAAAUUAGCACAUUUAUUGGAGGACUUUGCCGCGUUGCAAGAUGAAGCUGAAAGAGUAGAUGGGUUCUUACAUACCUUGUCUUUAAAAAGUGUUACACCCAGGUCGCAUCUAGCUUGUUUUGGAACAUGGAUUUUGUAUCAUACACUACGAGUUAUGGUCAUGUAUUUGUUAAGCGGCUUCGAACUUGAAUUGUAUUCAGUACACGAAUAUCAUUACAUAUUCUGGUACCUGUAUGAGUUUCUUUAUGGAUGGCUUGUAUCAGCUAUUACGAGAGCCGAUACAUUUUUAAUGGAACAGGAUGUACAUAAUGAUGCGCAUAAAGGCAGAGGAGCCAGGAAGAGUGCUAAAAAUAAAAAGAAAAAAUCGACGCCAAGACCGUACGACUUAGAAAUAUUGAUGUAUCAGGCGAUGCAAAAUAUAUGUGGAGGAUAUUAUAAAGCUUUAGUUGGUUUUCGUAUGGAUGGAAGAAUACCACUUCCUGAGAUACAAUUUGAUUCGGAACGAGUUCGAUACGAGCAUAGGUUAUUACCGUUUUCUUCGUUACUGACUCCGCCACCGGUACAUUAUCAAGAAUUCUUAGACAUGACUAAUGCUCAGAUGCACAAAAGAAACGUGAGUGAGAAGAUUACUAGUGAAAUGCAGUACUUAGCCGGUUGUCGACAUUUUUAUCAAGCUAGAAAUAUGUUGGAUCGAGCGUUGUCUCUUUACCCACCAAAUGCCAGCACUAUAAACGAGAUUAAUGACUUAUUAAAAGUGGCAAAGACAAAUUUCGUGGUUCUGAAAUUACUCGCCGAUGGACAUCAAAAGGAUUCCAAAGAACCGCCAGUAUUCGACUUUUCAUGUCAUCAACAUUUUCCACUGAUAAAACUCACCAAAAUGAAACCUUUGUAAUAGUUCUCAUUUCAAGUUGCAAAUGACAUUAUUUAUUUUAGCUUUAACCGUGCAAAAAAUAUUUUUGUGUUGUUAACUUUUGAGACGCCUUCUUUCCGUUUAACGCAACCUUUAAAACGCCCACUUCCUCCACUCUCCAUUGUUUUUUUUUUUUUCUUUCAUUAACGAGUCUCCCUUCAUUGUACAGAAAUGUAUUAUUUGCCGUACAUAUUUUGUGGAUAAAUUUCUAUACUAAAUGAAAAUGAUGUUUGUAUAUAGGUUAUCACAAAUUGUAUAUGUUUUAAAUGAAUUCAUGUGGAUAUUAAGAAUGAAUGUGUCGAUUGUUUGAGGAUAAGGUUCGUGAAAUUUACAGAUCGUUGCGAAGUGUAAAUACAAAUGUAGAAUAUAUAGCCUCGAAAUGUUGUAUAGUAAUUACACCUCGUCAAUGGAAACUGUUAACAGUUGUUGUUAGUGACAUUGUGCAACAUUUUGAAUAUAUUGCAGGCUUCAGCUAUGAAAUAACCAUUCAUGAUGAUAGUCUUUUUUAUAAUAACGAUCCCGUAAUUUCAUUGAUCUCGCGACCUGACUUUGUUUGCGUGUAAAAUCGCCACGGUUUAUACAUUGUUAAAAGUCUGUUAAAUACAGAAAUACAAAAUUGUGCCCAAUCGAAACAAUGAAUUUGAGUGUAAAAUUAACGGUAAAUACGAUUGAAAGGUACGGUUUACCUGUAAAUCACCAAAUUCACGUGAGAAAGUGAUGUAUGUCUAAUAAAAACAAUAGUCCAAGAAGAGAAUUAUGUCUACAUAGUGGUAUUUAUUAUUUUGUACAUUUGGA